UCAGGAUUCUACCUCUAGACGGUCCCUUUUUUGGCUUCUUUCUUCUUCGUCUUCUUCUUUCUUCUUCUUCUUGACACUCCCUUGACGGGCUGGAUACAUUCCCUCACAAUCAAGAAACUUCAUCUUCACUUCUUCCACCCCAGUCUAUCCUGCUUGUAAAGGACACUGGAAUCUUUUUUCUGAACGACAGCGUUCACCAACUCACCGACUGAACAACGUACAAGAACCCAACCCUUGUAUCACUUGGAACCUCCCGCCCGACGCCGUCGACCUGUUCGAGAAAAAACAAGAUCGCUUAACCCAUCUGUGCCCGCCACUGCUCGUCACUUCUAGUGUACCUACAGUCACUGUUGUUUACUCUCUUUUCCAUACAGUCACAAAUAUUAUUCAGUUGGGAUAUUGUUGCCCCUCCUCACUUUCCUUACUUAGCCAACGCUGUUGUUCCAUUACCCACAAUACUUUUCGAUUCACUGUUCAACUACCGAACAAUAACGACUGCAACAGAACCCGCACCCGUGGUUCACCAUUCAUUAUCAGUCCACUUGAACAACGAGCCUGAAAGAUCUCAAGGGAUAAGCCAGGCUUCGAUAUAAAAACGCUUCAAUCCUUUCAUAAAUCUUUCAUCCUGUGAGACUCACCACAAGGAUUUACUCCAAGCAACCUCUGAGCAACACUCGACAAUAACACAGUCGUGUCAACAUCAACUUCUUUUCGAGAUACCCUCACACACUACUUUCAUUUCAAACCACACUUUUUUAAACCGCGACAAAAUGCAUUUCUCAUCUGUCGCUACGUGCCUCGGUCUGGCUGGUCUGGCCCAGGCACAUAUGGAGAUGAUUUACCCUCCCCCCUUCAAGUCAAAAUCCAACCCCAACGCUGGCAGCGAUGUCGACUACAGUAUGACCGCCCCUCUCGAUGCAAGUGGCGCCAACUUUCCUUGCAAGGGCUACCACUCCCUCUUUGGUACUAAGGAGGGUGCCUCGGUCGCAGACUGGGCAGCCGGCGGUUCCUACAACAUGAGCAUCACCGGCGGUGCUAACCAUGGUGGUGGCAGUUGCCAGGCUUCCCUUUCCUACGACAAAGGGAAGUCUUGGAAGGUCAUCCACUCAUACAUCGGCAACUGCCCUGGUGCUGGUACCACCACCUUCGACUUCAAGGUCCCCAGCGAUGCUCCAUCCGGCGAGGCUAUCUUUGCCUGGUCGUGGUUCAACCAGAUCGGUAACCGUGAGAUGUACAUGAAUUGCGCUGCCGUCACUAUUGGUGGUGGCUCUGGCAAGCGAGCAGACGCCAUGAGCAACCGUCCUGAGAUGUUCGUUGCUAACGUCGGCAACGGCUGCACUACCGAGGAGUCGUCUGAUCUCGAAUUCCCCGACCCUGGACCUGAUGUGACCAACGACUCCCAGAAGACUGCUGGCCCCAAGGGUACUUGUGGUAAGGCAGGAUCCGGCAGUGGUUCCGGCUCCGGUGAUGGUAACAGCGGUGCUGCCCCUAGCACUCCCGCUAACGGCAACAAUGGUGCUGCUCCAAGUGCUGUCCCUACUCAGACUCAACCCGCUGCUCAACCUUCAUCCCCUGCCGCUCAGCCAUCAGCCCCAGCUGCCAGCGCCCCUUCAGCUCCUGGUGGUGUUUUUGUCACUGUCUCUCAGCCUGCUGAGGCUACUGGUGCCCCUGCUCCUUCAGCUCCCGCCGCAACCAGCACUCUCUUGACCAUGACCAAACCUACUGCUGGAACCGGCGGUCAGCCUGUUCCUACCAGUGUCGGUAGCCCCGAGCCUGCCCCUACCACCCCCACAGCUCCUGGCUCUGGCUCCGGUUCUGAAGAGACUGCCGGUGCUGCAUGCAGUGAUGAGGGCGCCUGGAACUGCAUUGGUGGAACCAAGUAUCAACGUUGCGCUUCCGGUCGCUGGUCUGUUGUUCAAUCUAUGGCCGCUGGUACAACCUGCUCUGGCAAUAAGAGCUCGGCUAUGGCCUUUGGUUUCGGUCGCCGACUCGCCAUUCGAGGUCGCAAGGUCUAAGGCUAUCUCGAAGUAGAGCUGAGCUGCAAUUCGGAAUAUCAAGAGGAAGGGGAGUAUACUAGAGCAGCAUAUGCCUUGCCUGACGUUCUCGAACAGUAGAUGGAAGGGUUUGGGAGUUUUAUCUUCAUGUACAAUAGGAAUAGGAAUCAGACUCAUGGAUCUUUCAUUACAAUUAUUUCGA